AUGGCAUCCCAUGAUGCUGUAGGCGCCAUGCAUAAGAAGACAACCUACACGUUUGAUCAGCCUGACAACUAUCAUAUGAUAGCUGCUGCCAAUGCGAAUACACGCAAACAUCGCAGACAGCAUCAACGGACACACAGUGAUGAUCCCACCGAUUCAGGAUCACUCACCUAUUCGGCAGCGUCCUCGAUCAAUAGUGCAGGAGAGUCCACCGAUAGCAGCUUUGCGGAUAUCAUGAAAGUCCUCGAUAUGCAGGAUCCUAACGAGUUGGGACCAUUGAUGAAGGAGAAGGGACUGUCGCAUGCCGACUAUCACCGUUUGCAGCAACAACAUGCAGCAAGCCUUCAAGGGCAGGCUCAGGCGCAAAUCAAAGCAAAGUCUUCGCAAGCUUCCACGUCAUCCUCGUUGCAAUAUUCCACGGAUGGAGAGUCCAAUCUCCUGCAUGGAACUGAUCUGGUAUCUACCGUCACAGGCCAACCGAGUGAUAGCAUGGCCAAUGAUGGAGGCAGCUACAACAAUGAAUCGGAAUCGGCCUUUGACAAUAUUACUUUUGCUCCUGCCGACCCAACAGACAGUCUCAAAAAGAGAAAGAAAGAGAAGAGACAACUCAAGGGAAGAGAUGGUUCUAGCAUUUCGGCUGGUUCAGCUGGUGAAUCUUCAUCCAAUGGCAAAUACACCUUGGAACCCAAGCAGUCUUUAUCCAGCAUGAACACUUCCAGACAGAGCGGUGGCAAAUCGGGUAGCCGACAAUAUCAUCGCAAGAACAACACUCCUCCUCCUGUGCCUCGGGUUGACACGACUGUCGAGGAAGACAUUUGUUAUGCGGAAUGGUGGAUGUCAUGCUUUCCGGAUGCUUUCAGGGAAAUGAUGCCUCGACGCUAA